UGUGUGUUUUCCUUGAGGUUAGUGUCUACUUUCCUAAUGGCUAGCAACGUAGCUUCAGCAGUGUGACAUUUUGCAUUUCUACUGACAGCAAAGUCGAACUGGAAGACCGAAAAGAGAUAGAACACACUCACAGUUAUGUUUUCUUAUUUUAUUUCUUUUAAUCUAGCCAUGUAGCGACCACACGACAAAGGAGAAAUAAGGUUAACAGGAUCAGUCAGCGUGUUGUGAACUGCCACUUUCAACCAAAACAAUGUUGAAUGAUGACCUGUGGACACAUAUCAUCAGCCAGCCAUUUCAAGGAUGGAUCAAGGUGGAGUGAAGAAGAUAACAUACAGAAGAGAUGACCAUCUAAGCAAACUGGUCUACACCGAAAGUCCUGAAGAGGGAGGUCUGUUGAAAGUGGCUCCUCACAUUGCCGUCUCUGUCACAUCUGCCACUUCUACUGUUCUUCCAUCCAGCCCAUUAAUGCAGCCCGGACAGGUGACUAACGGCCUCAGCAACAGCCCACUUCCAGAGGAGCUCACCUCGACUCCUGCCUUCGUAGGCUCUUUGGUAGACAGUUCAGAGCCCAGGGGUCCAACCAAAGAUCAGCAGCAGCAGUUUCUUCAGACACAGACUUCCAGUGCUUUUGGGCGUCAAAAUUUGCCACAGUUGGACGCCAGUAUUGCAGACCUUACACAAUCCUCCAUGGAUUCACUUAUUGGGGGGUCAGAUCCUAACUUCUUUGCCAUGAAAACAGAGGAUUUCUCCAUGGAUAAAGGAGAGCAGGACCCCAUUGAUCUUGGCUUUGAACAUAUUGGUAAAGAUGUGGACAUGAACCAGAAACUGUUUAAUGACACCACUCUGGACCUGCUUCAUGACUUUGACAUUACUGGGUCCCCUUCAGAUUUUUAUGUAGGGGAUGAUGCUUUUCUGUCAACUCUGGCGGAUGAUUCUUUGCUUGUAGACGGGGACACGAGAGGGGCAUCUGAGCGGGAUAUGAAAUCUUCUGUGGUUGAGAGCAGUAACACCAUUGGGGCAGUCUCUGUUGCUCCAAAUGGCAGCAAUGUGACAAGUCCAGAUCAAUCCAGCUCAAGCUCAGCCACAACAGCAUCUUUAACACCUUCAACCACUUUGUCUACAGUGGUGAAAAAAGAGAAAGAAGAUGGCUUCAUUCAACUCUGCACUCCAGGUGUGAUCAAACAGGAGAAGACAUCUGCAGGUCACAGUUAUUGCCAAAUGAGUGGCACAUCAUCCUCAGACAUGCCAGGCACACGCCCUAUCUCCAUCUGUGGUGUUGCCACUUCAGGAGGGCAGAGCUUCCACUUUGGGGUCAACCCCAGAAACAAUGAAGCUCAGCAGCAGAAGGAUCAGAAGCCAGUGUCCAGUCUGUACCUCCCAGUAGCAGCCAUUGGUGGGGCCUGGAACAGAAGCCAGAGUGCUGGGGACAACUCUGCAAUCCACAGGGCCAGUGACACCUUUUCGAGCUCUCCUUCCUACUCCAUCAACUUUGCCAGUUCUACCUCCAGGCCGGAAGGAGGCACCGCUUCAUCCACAGCACAGGGAAAGAGUGGGACUCAUAAAAUCUGCCUUGUGUGCUCUGAUGAGGCUUCAGGCUGUCAUUAUGGAGUUCUCACAUGUGGCAGCUGCAAGGUCUUCUUCAAGAGAGCAGUGGAAGGCCAGCAUAACUAUCUGUGUGCUGGGAGGAAUGACUGCAUUAUAGACAAGAUCCGGCGGAAGAACUGUCCAGCCUGCCGCUUCCGGAAGUGUCUAAUGGCAGGGAUGAACCUGGAAGCUCGCAAAACCAAGAAGUUGAAUCGCUUAAAGGGCGUCCAAAACAGUAACCCCCCUGAGCUGGUACCAUCCCCGCCAAUUGAGACCCGCUCCCUGGUACCCAAGUGCAUGCCGCAACUCGUCCCCACUAUGCUUUCCCUGCUGAAAGCCAUAGAGCCAGACACCAUCUAUGCCGGUUAUGACAGCACCCUGCCUGAUACCUCCACUCGCCUCAUGACCACCCUCAACAGGCUUGGAGGGCGGCAGGUCAUCUCUGCUGUGAAGUGGGCCAAGAGUCUGCCAGGUUUCAGGAAUCUACACCUGGAUGAUCAGAUGACUCUGCUGCAGUGCUCCUGGCUUUUUCUCAUGACCUUUGGUUUGGGCUGGAGAUCUUACCAACAGUGCAAUGGCAACAUGCUCUGCUUCGCACCAGACCUUGUCAUCAAUGACAGAGAGCGGAUGAAGCUGCCAGACAUGGCCGACCAGUUUGAGCAAAUGCUGAAGAUUUCCAGCGAGUUCGUCCGGCUACAGGUUUCCCAUGAUGAGUACCUGUGCAUGAAGGUCCUGCUACUGCUCAGCACAGUGCCAAAGGACGGCCUGAAGAGCCAGGCGGUGUUUGAUGAGAUUCGGAUGUCAUACAUUAAGGAGCUGGGGAAAGCCAUAGUGAAGCGUCAGGAGAACUCCAGCCAGAACUGGCAGCGUUUCUACCAGCUCACCAAGUUGUUGGACUCCAUGCAUGAAAUGGUCGGUGGAUUGCUCAGCUUCUGCUUCUAUACUUUUAUGAAUAAAUCCCUAAGUGUGGAGUUCCCCGAGAUGCUGGCAGAAAUCAUCAGCAACCAGUUACCAAAAUUCAAGGCCGGAAGCGUAAAGCCUCUCCUCUUCCACCAGAGAUGACUGUUUCCUGUAUCAGACAUAAUGCCUUAAGAUCCCACCACAUCAUCUCACCAGCCCAAUGCAACGCACCCAAGCCCCACCACACACACACACACACACACACACACAAACACAUACCCGCCCCAAGGAGCAACAAUGAAAGGACUUACCAUAUAAAGCUAGGAGAGAUAGAGCAACGUUUUCAGGAGCGAGAAUCGACUUUGUGAAGUGGGCUUACGGGCCUGGUGAGCGAGAUGUAUGUCGAAACCAGACCGUGAGCACAAGAGGUUUUGUCUUGUUGAAUUGAGAUGUAGUGUCUAACCAAGAGUAGGAAAUGUUUGUUUAAAUGAGAAAAAAGAAAAAAAAUCGCAAAUAGAAAAUAGGCUAACAUCAAUGUCGUCUCAGGUGUCUUACCUUCAGAGUCAGAACGAUAUCUAAAAUAGAUAGAACAAAUAUCUAUGUACAGGUUCUGAUAGUAUUUUCUACAUUUUCACAUGAUAACAGUUUAUACAAUUUUCCAGGUCACUGUUACCUGAGAGGGUAACCAAGCUUAAUAACAUGCUCUUAAGUAGGCUUUUAUGUUCCACUUUUAGUUUUUAUAGGUUGUAACUAAAUGUUUUUCUGUCACAUGAAAAAAAAAAAAACAUUUUGUAGUGAUUUAAAAAGCAUAUUUCUUUGCUUUGAUUAAGUAACUUUGGACAUUAGCAGUUCUGUGGGCCUGUUACCUGACGUCCACCAUUCAAAGAAUGAUUUCUCCCGCAAGCUGACCUCUUCCAGGUUUACACACGUUGAUUACAAAAGGGAAAAAGAUGUGCCUUUUUUGCUUCAAAUAUCAUCUUAGCCAUUUUCUUCCGACUGUACUUCAACCUGUCAUCGUCUACCUUCAUUAUAAGUUGAUUGUACUUUUUAUACGACACGCUGAUGCAGCUUUCCUUUGUUUUUUCUAUGGCUGUUUAUCUUUAGAAGUGGCAGCUCAGUCCAUUCUUCGUGAGUAGAAACUAUCCUUAAACAUUCAGCCUGCUUCCUUUCAUUAGGUCUCCUGCACACACUGCUGCACAGGUGCAAGUUGAGCACUUUGUACUCUGUGAAAGGCUUUAAGACUGUGAAGAAAGACUGUUAUCCUGUGUCAGUCUUUCACGUAAGACUUUAGAUGGAAGUUAGAAGUCUUUGUUUGAUAACAGCCCACACUCCUGCCCCAACAGUCUGUAAGUAGAAAGCGAUGGAUACCUGCGACUACCAAUCACAAGUGAGACGGCGUGUUAUUGUGUUGGAAAGUUUGUUUUUUAUUAAGAGUACUAAUUUCUCUGGUUUUUAACAUGGCUCAAAGUGGCUAAACAAUGACCGUCCUCCAGGUUUUUGUAAAAGACUCUUUUGGUUAAUUAAAACGAAAGAAAAAGUCAUAAUUCCACUGAUUACCCAACCCUUAGCAGUGUAUCUUUACUUAGUGUCUGCUUUGGAUAAUGUUUUUAUUGUCAGCCUGUGUAUGGUUUUAGUUGUAUUUGUUGAUGGAAUAGUUGAAUAUUUUGGGAAAUAUGAUCAUUCAGUGUUUUGCCAGGAGCUGGAGGGGGAUGAUUGACAUGUGUGUGCUCUCAACUUGAAGCUUGAGUUAAGUUUAAAGAGCCAGCUCUGUCUGGAGGGAACAAAGCUUCUGGUGGAUUGUGAAACAACUUGACCAAGGAAGAAGUUGCAUCCUGGAGCUUCUCCUGUUUGUCUAGCAGCUGAUCCCUGGAAAUAGUCCCACAUGUAACCCACAAUGAGAGGGUAACGUGUUGUUUUUUUUACUCUUUAUGUUCAAACUAAGAAUCAAACUAACAUUUAAAAUGCUUUCCCCCAGAUUUAGAGGUGCUGGUAAUGAGAGCCAUCUGUUUCCUCGUGUCUCAUCUUUAAGCUGAAAAUGAAGCUAGUUGGCUGCAGCUUCAUAUUUAUUGCAGAGGCAUGUUAAUCUCAACUUACUCUCAGCAAGACAGUGUAUAGGAGUAUUUCCCCAGAUGUCCGUGUAUUCUUUUUAAAAACAGUUUAUAUGAUAGACAGCUUGUGUAUACAGCUCUUUGGAUCAGGCAUUGGCAGAUUCAUUAUCCUGUAAACCUCCUACCGCUGCUGAUAACCAUGAACCCCUCCUCUGCUUCUUCAGCACCCUGUAUGCAACUUAUCCUAAUGUUUGUCUUUAGUACUUCUGCAUGUGUAUUUGAUUGUCUGCUUACGUAGUCAGGCCCCAGCAUUGAAAGUGCUUUCACAUCAGUAACCUCAUACAGACUUGUCAUGACAAAAGUGUACCAUUACCGACUGGGGAAGCAGACUAAAUGCAUCCUUUAAUCUCUGGGAACUAUUUCAGUGCCAAAACUCUUGUUUUGUCUGUUCAGUGAUGCUGGAAGUUGGUCAGUAUUUGUAUCAAAAGAGGAAACAAAUCUAAGCAUUGAUGUGUAUACAUUUGUCAGAUGAGUAGAGGCAGAACGUUUGAGCUGUCUGAGCUUCAGCCCCACACAUUAAGGUCUGACAGUAUCUGAGAUGUGUUGCAGCAUUUUCAUCUGCUCUGCGUAGCUUGUCUUGAGUGCGUUUCAUAACCCCAACAUGUUUUUGUUAAAAACACAGUUUUAAUAUGAAUGUGAUUCUUACAGAGCUGUUCAGUUAAUUGCAAUGAAAUAUUGUUGGCAGAUGAAAGGUAGAAAGCUGUCAGGAAUAGAUAAAUACGUCAAGUGAAUAAGAGUAAAGUGCUCACUUUUUAUAUUUAAAUAUGAAAUAUGGCAAAAUGUACUGUUUCUAAUGUCUGUCUCUACACAAUAGAAAAAGCACCCAUUAUAUUUUCCACUACUCCCGAGCUCAGGUUAUUAAGAAAAUGGUCUGAUUCACACAGUGUGAUAUUGUCCACAUUCACUUCUGACAUGAAAAACCAAAAAAAGCAGUUGGACAGUUUGCAAAUAUCAAAUGUGUCGGUUUCUGUGUUUUAUGGUGUUUUUAUGUGUCAGGAAAAAAACUUACAGAUAACUUACAGAUACUAAACAGAUACAGCAAAGUUUUAAGGAGUCGGCCGCCGCCGCCAUCAUUCAAAGCAUCUUUAGGCUCAGACGAAGGAUCGUUUUCGUUUGAGGUUUAAUCAGAAUAUCUGCAAACCAUCCUCAUUACCUAUAUAGGGUUACUUUCACAUUCAGUAUAUCCAAAUCUCUGCUGCUGCUCAUUUAUACAGGUAUAUAAAUAUAUAUAUAUAAUAAGAGAGAAAUAUAUAUAUAUAUAUAUAUAUAUAUAUAUGAAAUCGCACACUUGCCUCUUUUUGCUCAAAAAUGUAUUCUGUUUACUUUCUUGGACAUUUUUGAGGAGGAUUCUGAAUAUGCAAUAGAACUGAUAAUCUAUCACCAUCACAUAAUGUGCUCACUUCCUUUUGUUUUUUUUGUUUUUGUUUUUUUUGUUUGUUUUUUUUUUUUUGUUGUUGUUUUUUUAACAAUAUAAGCUAAGUGCAUAGAGGAGAUUUAUUUCUACCUUUAUCUCUGCAGGUCAGAUUUUCAGGAAAUCGUAAACAGUCUACCCGGACUUUACGCAAACAGCCUAUUUGUUGUUUGACUACAAGGUGACCAAAGCAAGUACAGAUUUAACAUAGUCAGUUUUAACUGUGGAACUCAGAUGACAUAUGUACAGGACUUUUGUUUUUGAACACUUUUUCUUUUUGGUUUGUUUUUUACUCUUUAUGUGAUGGCUUUGGUCAUAUUGUGUAAUACUGUGAAUAGAAUAGGACUCGAUCUUUUUCAUACACAAACUGUUUGUGAAAGUAAUCAACCAGCUUGAAUCUAAAAAGAUUUGCACUACCCAAAUAUUGUUUUAAAAUCUAUUUUGUAUGAAACUUAUGCAGACAUUAACUUUGAGAAUUACAAAGGGCGGAUCAUGUUUCACUGGUAUAUGCUUUCUCUAUAAAGCUUUUUGUUUUGCUUAAAACAAGUUUAAUAUAUACAUAUAAUCAUUGUAAAGAAAAUGUGGUGUAUUUGUCUUCAUAUAAUAGUUUUUUUCAGUACCUACCCUCUGUAUUAUUUCUUCUCCAUAGUGUGACUCUUGUUGAUCUUUUCCUCCAUUGAUAAAAGGUUGAACCGUAUGUUUGUGUGGUACUUCUCAAUACAAGGAACUGUAUGCUGAUGUUUGCCCCGAUACUAAUGCGGUGAUUCUGAACAAUGGACACGGUAAGCUCGUUGUAAGCCUCUUUUCCUGAUUACAACACUUGUUCAUCAAAUAAAUAUGUUUCUCCA